AUGUAUAUUGCUGUAUUUGUCUGUUUUGCACGUGGCGUACCGCAUCGAGUACAUUCCGACAACGCGACGAACUUCGUGGGAGCCAGGAACAAGCUGAGAAGUCUUCAGAGGGCCCUCGAGGAUCAGCAGUCGCAGUUUCAACUGUUCGUCGUGGAGAAGGGCAUCAUCCCACCACGAGCACCGCACUUCGGCGGUUUGUGGGAGGCGGCCGUGAAGUCAGCGAAGGAAAUUCUCGUGCGCCAAGUUGGGGACACGUCCCUAACCGAAGCCGAGGUCAGGGCUUAUCUGGCGGACACCGAGGCCGUGCUCAAUUCUCGGCCUCUAACUCCAACCAGCACCGAUCCCAACGAGGAGGAGGCGCUCACUCCAGGGCACAUCCUAAUCGGGCAGGCCCUUCGUUCGCUGCCGCAAGGAUUAGAGCCAGACGCACCGACCAGGAGUUUAAGGUUCUCAAAGAGGUGA